UUCAUUUAGUAUCUCCUGAUUCACACGUCGCAAAGUUCAAAUAAAGUACUCACAAACAAAGAUAUAAUCAAAAAAAACCGCAUCAUAGUCCAAAGUACCUACCUUCGAAUCAAAUUUAAACCUCCACAACCAAAAUAUUGCACAUUUAAAUUCCAAUCUGGAUAAAAAAUAAACAAUGUUUCACUUAUCGGCUAUAACAAACAGAGUAAAAUAAGCGUUUUAAUUGGUUGUCGGUCCUUCUCGUUCUUUCUCGUCACGUAUCUAAUCGUUACUUAGUUCCACUUUAAAAUAAUAGCUUGUGUACAAAUUUCGCAUUUACAAUAAACGAAAAAGUGCAGUCGGUACGAACAUGGGUGCUCUAGGAAAAUUGUUUAUAAUUUUCGCCGUGUUGGUAAUUUUCGUGGGAUAUAGACUGAACAAUUUGCUGCAACCAUCGCCGCCCCCAAAACUGGAAGAGAAGUGGUGGGGUCGUGGAGAUCCCGCGGGAGAAGAUAAAUCAAUUCGGACUUUUAAAGUCCACGUUGCCGAUGAGGUACUGAAAGACCUCAAGUACCGCCUAAGCCACGCCCGCCCCUUCACCCCGCCCCUCGAAGGCAUCCAACAACAAUACGGCAUGAACACCAACCUCCUCAAAGAAAUCGUGGACUUCUGGACAACCAAGUACAACUGGCGCGAGCGCGAGAAACUCUUCAACCAGUACCCCCAGUACCUCACCAGUAUCCAAGGUCUCGAUAUCCACUACAUCCACGUUAAACCCAAAGGCACCAACCUGAAGGUAGUACCCUUGCUCAUGCUGCACGGCUGGCCGGGGUCCGUCCGGGAAUUCUUCGACGUCAUCCCUCUAUUAACCACCCCUCAAACCGACAAGAACUUCGUGUUCGAGGUCAUCGUGGCCGCGAUUCCCGGGUACGGGUUCUCGCAGCCUGCGGUACGACCAGGUUUGAGUCCCGCUCAUGCUGCUAUGAUUUUCAAGAACUUGAUGAAGCGGUUAGGGUUUGACAGGUUCUACAUACAAGGGGGCGACUUCGGGGCUAUAAUUUUACAGAAUUUGGCGGUGUUGUACCCCGAGGUGGUACUAGGGUUUCAUUCGAAUAUGUGUACGGUGUAUACGCCGUUGAGUUACUUGAAGACGAUGGUGGGGGCGGUUUGGCCUACGUUGUUUACGAAGGCGGAGCACGUGGAGAGGGUGUAUCCAUUGUGGGAGAGUUUUGUGCAUAGGUUGCGAGAAACUGGGUACUUGCAUCUGCAGGCGACGAAACCGGAUACGCUUGGGGUUGCUUUGAAUGAUUCUCCGGUGGGUCUAGCGGCUUACAUUUUGGAGAAGUUUACCACUGGGACUAAUAUUAGUCAUCAAAGUCGGGAAGACGGGGGCUUGAAGCAGUACUACGAUUACGCUGACCUUCUGGAUAAUGUGAUGCUGUACUGGAUCACGGGGUCUAUGCCGACUGCAGUACGACUAUACUCGGAAACGUUUAACAAAAAUUUCAUGUCGCUGGGAACUGGGAGAAUGCCAGUUCAAGUUCCUUCUGCAUGUGCGCGAUUCCGGAACGACUUCUACACAUCCGAUGGUCUGUUGAAGGAAAUUUUCCCGAAUCUGCUCCAUUUGUCUGACCACGAAGGAGGGCAUUUUGCGGCUUUCCAGGUGCCUGACGUGUUCAGCAGAGAUGUUUUCGUAGCUAUUGAGAAGUUUGAAAAUUUUAAUUCAAAUUUAGGCGCGAAGGCGUAGGUUUUUAAAUAAUGUACGUGUUUUUAUUUUCCCAAUAAAGUAUUUUUUAAUUAA